UAAGGAUCCUUUUUUUGCAUCUAGAUCGAAGGCUCUUCUUUCCUACUCCUCGUCCCUGCUUGGUUUUUCCUGAGCUUUUUCGCUCUGCGCUCUGGCCCCACGACUCGACCUGCGCAUGCAAAGCCGGCCCGGACGUCGAUUGCAGACUGUUCUUCGACACCGGCCGUCUCCUGUCUUCGUUUCUCGACUGCGCCUGACGGGGCUCUUUCUCGGACACCAUGCGAGGUCGUCGACCUUCUCAGCAGAGGAAGAAGGCGGCGUCUCUCGGAGCCUCUUCUCUCCUUUCCUCCCUUCCUUCCUCCCUUCCCUCCUCCCUUUUUUCUCGAGGAGACAGCGUGGGGCGACGGCUUGGGAAGCGAAGAGGCAUAGAAGAAGAAGGAGGCAAAAGGAAGAGAGCGAGAGGCGGCAGAAGCGCUCGACACAACUUUCCAGAAGUAGAUCAGCAAGGCGGGAGUGACUUGGACGAACUUCCGAGCAGCGAAGCAGACCCCCGCGAGGCCCAACAAGACGGAGAAGGAUCCUUUGGCCACGAGCAAGAACUUGCAGAAACUUUGAAGAAGUCGAAGAGGGCCGUGCUGGAGCGCAAGCGGAGACGCCAUGAAGAGCGGCGACAGAAGAAGCAGAUCCAUCGCAAGCAGCAGCAACUGUGGAAGCUCGAGAGACAAAAGGCUCUCCUAGAGCGACAACUCGACAUGCAGAAGGCGGCGAUAUCUGGGGUCCGAGUCAACCAGGGAACCGGCUCUGGUGUACGUACACCCUGCGGGCCUGAAGCCGACUCCGAGGACGAAGAGGAGGACGUCUCACCGAGACGCGAGAAGAAAACACCUUCGUCUCUAUCCUCAUCUCUGUCAUCUUCUUUGUCUUCUCUCGACGUUCGAGGCAGCGUGCUGUCUGCGCUGUCGGCGAAGGACAAGAAACACACAGUGUCGGGAGAGGUGUUGCUUCUCUCCGGCGUCUCUUCGCGCUCAACUGAAGAGCAUAGGAAAGCAGAAGAGCGGCGACUCGCGCUGGACGCGGCUGGUCGACAGCUGGACGCCGAGCUGGCCUUCCUGGAGUCGAAGUUGGGAAUCGGCAAAGACAGCAGCAAAGCCGGAGAGAAGAAAAAAAAGAAGCUCGCCCAAGAACUCCUCGACGACGGAUUCGACGAGGACCUUCAGACGCUUCUCGACGACAUCCUGGGGGGAAAAGCCGAGAACCGAAAAAGAAAAACCAAGACAGACUACGACCACGACGAAGGCGAGAUGGAAGGCGAAGAGACACAGGAAGGCGCGCACGAGGAACUAGGCCGUGUGGAAGCCGAGGAAGACGAAGAAGAUGAAGAAGAGGAAGAUGAUGAAGAAGAUGAAGAAGAUGAUGAAGAAGAAAAUGAAGAAGAAGAGGAAGAAGAAGAGGAAGAAGAGGAAGAAGAAGAGGAAGAAGAAGAGGAGGAAGAAGAAGAGGAAGAAGAAGAGGAAGAAGAAGAGGAAGAAGAAGAUGAAGGUGAUGAAGAAGAUGAAGAAGAGGGGGAAGAUUUGAAACUGAAAACGGAGCAAUACUCGACGUGUGCUUCAGCCUCCGCAGGCAAAUACCUUCCUCCUCACCUUCGCAACAGAGCGCAGCGAGAGUUAUCAAAUGAAGCCGAAUUCGACGGAGACAAUCCAGGCCGAAACUCUACACGGCAGCAUGGUGCCGCGCCUGCGUCGGAGGCCUCCGACAAAGCGAAUUUUGUGGCCUCUAAACUUCCUCUUUCUUGCCUUGAAAAGGCGAGACAAACAGCGACAGACGCAGGUCGAGGCCUAACGCAGCGACUCCGGGGCUCUCUCAAUCGUGUUUCAGAGGGAAAUGUGGAAGUGAUCCUUCAGCAAAUCUCCCAGGAAGUCAAGGCUGCCCUGACACAAGUUCUCUCUGGAGCGCUUCCUGUGCCUGCUACGAGCCCGGCUUUGACGCCACGAGAUGUCCGAGGUUUACGCAGAGAGCAAGAGAUCUCUUUUUUUCAGGAGGUGAAUUGCAUUAUUGUUCGGCUGCUGAUGCAGAGCAUGGUGGAGAGCAAGUUCUCCACUGCCUCUCUCGUCGCCACGCAGACGGCGCUCUGCUGCGGCUUGAGUUGUCUCCUCGACGCGAGCCUCUGCUCUCAGCUCCUCGCGGCUCUCGGCGAGGCGUUCCGGAAGUUCUUUCCUCUUGCGCUCGCGCAGGCGGACCGCCGAACAGAGACCGGCGAACCGGUGGGAUUGUACGUUCGGCACACGCUCAUGGCGUUGUGCUUCCUCUUCGACUUCAACGUCGUCCAGCCUGCCGUCUUCCUCGGCCUUCUCCAGCGUCUCUCAGGAAAGGUAGCGACGACGAAGGAGAAGGGAGAAGCGAAGAACGGGGAGAGGAACGAACCUCUGGUGGAGUUCCAGGUGGAGUGCUUGCUGAUGGUGCUCCGUUUGGGGGGAGGGAAGCUGAGAAACGACAACCCAGUCUUGUUCAAAGAGGCCUGGAACUUCUUGAUGACAAGAGUGAAAGGCGGCGAAGGCGAAAGGGAGGUGCAGGUACACUCGGGCCGCGAGGAAAGACCUUUCGAAGAACAGACUCGCGAGGAACAAAGAGCGCGUCUCGCGCGUGUGUCUACCAGCUUCUCGGGCGCCUUGCGGCAGAGGCAAGAAGGCGAGCAGCCAGCGACGACAGGGCGCCUUCACUAUUUGGCUCGUGAACUGGAGGAGUUGAAAAACAACAAAGGGAACACGAUUCACCUCGCGUCCAAAGCCUCUCAAGAAGCUAUGCGUCGGUGGCUUCAGACAAGUCCUCUGCUGGCACAGUCGCCGCUUCGGCAGUGUGCAGGAGAAGGAAAAUCCGUUCUGGUCGGCGUGUCUUCUUGGCAAGAAGUUGAAGACGGUGUCGUUUCUGUGUCUCCGUCUUCGCACCGGCCUCCUGUCUCUCCUCACAAAUCCGUCCGAGUCGAGAAAGAGAAACAGUCUUGUUUAGGAGACACAGGAAGCGAGAAAGCUCUUCUCGAUCUCGCUGCGAAGCUACGUUUGCACUCCGAGGAGCAGAAAAAGAUUUUCUUGGCCAUCAUGAGCGCCGAAAGCCCCAACGACGCCGUCAAGCGCCUUCUUCAGCUUGUACCUCGGACCAAUAAAAAGAAGAACUUUGUCACCACGGCGGUCGCGGUGCUUCUGCACAUUUCGCUUCAGCAGUCGGCCUUCAAUCCGUUCUACGCCCUCGUCAUUGCCCGCUUGUGUGCGCGUUGCUCCUGCGCGUCUUGGGGCCGUCUGGAGGCAGAGGCUGAGCAGCCUCCUCUGUUGGGGCCUCUAGGGAGCGGCAGGGCGAGUGUGAAUCAGAGGCGAGCGCGCGGACCGUGCGCCUGCCUGCUGCCGCCAGACAAGGAAGGAAAAGUCUUUCGACGUGUGACGCAGCGAGGCCUGGCUGCGCAGAACUCCGCUGCCCACGGCUUUCCUCUCAGGAGGCUUCUGCACCUUGCGAGGCUCGAGGCAUUUCUCAUCCGCAUCGGCGUCGUCGAGCUUCGAGUUACUCGCUUCGUCAGCUUCGAGGGCGAGAAGGGCCAGGCCGACGCUCACAUGGGUCUGUCAGGGAAACUUGGCGUUUUUCUGAAAGAGCUCUGCACAGAGCUGUUGUGUUCGCCUGCGUUCGCGUCCGUCCCCCUGCCCGGCCCGAGCACGGCGUCUCCCCUGCUACCAUUCUUGUCUCUCUCUGCUCUGCCGGACGUCCGCGAGGCUUUUCUCCUCGUUCUCGAAGAUGUACUUCUGCCGGAGGCGAGAAAGAACGCAUGCAGCGAGAACGGCAAGGGAGCGAAAGAGUCUGUCAAUGCAGCGUGCAUGCCGGGGAGACAGGGGAAGUGCGUCCGCGCGAAGGGAGCCAUGUGCACACCCGCCUGCGGGAUCCGGAAGGAUGUGAUAAGCCGCGUUAUCUGGUUUAUGAAAAAACAAGAGCGAUACGAAGAAGAGGACCCCAACACCUUCGCCUUUGACGCGUAGAGAAAGGCAACGACAAGAAAGAGAGGUCAUGCAGCGCCACGAAGCUGCAACAGGACCGCGGAAAGGGAGACGAAAAGAAGGGAGACGAAAAAGACGAGGAAGAAUCAGAUGAAGAAGAAAGAGGGGGAUGGGCCGGGAAGCGUGAAGUCGCUGGAACACUUUCACGGUUCAGAAAAGGGAGGACGAACGGACGAGACAGAAAAGCGAAGAAAAUAAAUCAUUCGUCCUCUCUGCAACGAAGUCGACCGUCGAGUCUGGCGGACAAAGUCAAACACUUACCUCAAGGAAUGAAACAUCCCCUCUUUCGCGCACCAGAACAGGCGAACCGCAAAAACAACAUCUCCUACGAGAGAUGAAAAACGCGUCUCUUGGUCCGUGUUUCAAAGCUCAACAGGCAUAAAGAAAUCAACGAACCUAUGCACCCCUCCUCUUACGAAUACGUG